AUGAUAAUGUUUACUGUUUUAUACUAUUUUACUAUUCUAUUAUCCUCUGAAUCUAGGAAUUCUUACCCUUCUUCACGUAUGUUUCAUAAAUGUGUAAAUCGUUCAGGAGUUAAUCAGAAUCCUGCAUCUUCUGACUCAAAAGAGGUUACGCUGGAGUCUCUGCACCUCAACGAUGAAGAUAUUAUAACAACAUCGCAACUCAUAGACGUCAAUGCGGAACUUUCUGCAAUUUCUAGAAAAACAUACAAAAACUCGCCGAACCCUGAGAGUGUUAGGCUUACACAUGACCUGGCUUCAGAAAUUGAACACUUAAGGAACAUUAAUUUCGAAGAGCCAAUAAAACCAAAUGUGGAGCCUGAGCUGAAUUAUAGAGAUGGAAUUGAUAUAAAGAAGCCCCUUUCAGAAUCAGGUAUUAACCUGAAGAGCUUAGUGUAUGGAAGAGACGUAUCACGCUAUUCAAUAAAGGCAAUAACGGCGUUUGCAGUAUUGGCGCUGCUAAUACUCGUGGUCCCAACCAAAUACGCCCAAAAUUCAGUUUUUUCACUGUCAAGCUCAUAUAUACUGCUUUCUGGUAUAAAAAAAACAUGA